AAGGAAGUGUUAAAAGGGUUGUUGAAGGUGCUAAAGGUGUGGCAUGUAGUAUUUGACAAAACUGUUUGAAGUUGAAUGAGCAGGGAAAGAGGAUGUAGGAAUGUUAAUAGUUCUGCCUCAACCCGAGGCUGAGAUCUCAAAAUCACGGGUGUGAGCCCUCUGGGGCAGAGGGACCCUAAUGGGUCCGAGAGAGUUGUCAUGGAAACAGAAAAGCAGCGAACUCUUUAAACAACCUGAUUCAUGUGUGAGCUCAGAUUGCUAAUGGAACCGAACCGCUCAGGGAACUUUCAAAGAGAAUAAAUAAAUAAAUAGAUAAAUAAAUAAAUAAAUAAAUAAAUAAAUAAAAUUUGGACCCGGCUUCAGAAAACAAACAGAGGCAAUUGGUUAGCCUCUUUCUAGGGCAAUCAACCCCUGAUAUCGGAAAGAAAUUGUAUUAGGUUGCAGGAAAAACUUACAACAGUCAGGAAUGAUGGGGAGCCGGGGCAUCUAGCCUAGCAGGUUGGCUGGUUGAAAUAAAGCUAGGGAAUGAAGAAGUGAAGCUUGAAUUUUUUGUUGGUUAUGGGAGCUUCUUUCUCUGUGUUAAUUAGUCUGUAAAUGUAAUAGGAGCAACUGGCCAACAGGAAAAAGUUUUUUUUUUUUUUUUUUUUUUUUUUUUUUUUUUUUGCAAUGCUUGAAAUUUAAAUUUAAAUUGGGAAAAAUGAUUGGAAUUACAAAAUGAGAAAAACAAUCGAGUUUGGUUCAUGGUACUAAAUUUAAAGGAUGCCUUUUUCUGCCUGCCCGUGGCAACUGAAAACCAGAAACUCUUUGCCUUUGAGUGGGAAAAUAAUAAUAGAGGAUGGAAAACUCAGCUUACUUGGACAGUGUUACCAUAGCGGUUCAAGAAUAGCCCCACCAUAUUUGGGAACUGUGAUCUUGAAGUUUGAAAGACCCCUUUGGGAAAAGGGGACACUGUUGCAAUAUGCAAAUGAUAGCUACUGAAGAAGAAAAGGAAUGUGUAUAAUGGACUGUUGGUUCACUACAUUUUUUCGGCACUAAUACUGUGAACCCAGCCUCUUUCCUCAGAAACAGAGUUUCCAGAUCACCCAUUCAUGAGUGCAUCAAGACCAUGGACAUGGCAUACUCCAUCUGACCAGACUUAAAGGAAACACCCCUAGAAGAUGUGGAGGAUUGGUAUAUAGAUGGCAGCAGCUUGGUCUGCCAGGGAUUUCACCUCACAGGAUAUGCGGUAACAAACAUCAGCCCAAAAAGUGGAAAUCAUUGCCUUGAUAAGAGCUUUUGAGCUGGCAAACAUUUGGACAGGUUUGAAAUAUGCCUUUGGUGUGGUGCAUGCACACGGGGCAAUUUGGAAGGAGAGAGGACUGUUAUCUUCCUCAAUUAAACAUGCAGAAGAGGCUGAUAGCAGUUAUUAGAGAAGAAGGAAAAAGGAGGCCCAGACAGGAACAGCCCCAACUAGGGCCUGCAUUGCAAGGAGCAAUGUGCCCCGUGUAAGAAAUUUGGGCAUUGGAAAAAGGAAUGCCCAGAACGGAAUAGAAAUGGAAAAGGGAACCGGAGAAGGGAGGUGGUGGUCACACAUGCAAAAGACGACUAAAGAGGACUCUGGGAAUCUACCCCAGCAGAUCUGUUGGUUAUAAAACUGAAGCUGGGGAAAGAGGGAAAAGAGGUGGAACUUACAGUGGAUGCAGGGGCAACAUAUUCGAUUUUAAAUAAAGCAUUAGUAUCAGUGGGGAAUUAUUACAUUGUAGUGAAGGGGGCAACUGGCCAAUCUGAAAUAGCAUAUUUCUGCAAACCAUUGAAAUAUAAAUAUGGGAAACGGUGGGGCAUUCCCAAGUUCCUAUACAUACCCAACUGCCUGGAGUCACUCCUAGGGAGACAUUUAUUUAUUGUAAAGAUUACAAGCAACCAUUUCAUUUAAAAAUGGGGAGAUUAUUCUGGAGGUAAAUGAUCAAAGAUAUGUGGAAGUGUUGAGUUUGAUAUUGACAGCUAUUGAGACCAAAGAGGAAAUUAGUGAGGAAAUCCUAAGUCAAGUGUUUUCUGGAGUAUGAUCUUCUAAUGUACCAGGGAAGGCAAAAAAUGCACUUAAACAGUACCCCUUGAAAAAGGAAGACAGAGAAGGAAUUAGCCCGAUAAUUGAUUAACAUUCUUAACACCAGAGCUAAUUUGGUUUACCAUUUUAGACCUGAAGGAUGCCUUCUUUUGCCUCCCUCUCCAUGAAGCUAGUCAGAAAAUCUUUGCAUUUGAUUGGAAAAGCCCUAAGUGUGGGUGCAAAACACAGCUCACAUGGACAAGGUUGCCUCAGGGCUUUACGAACUCACCCACCUUAUUCAGAUAACAACUUGCAAAGGACUUGGAGACCUGGAAAGCCCCAUCAGGAGAAGGAAGGCUGUUGCAGUACAUAGAUGACCUCCUUAUAGCCACCCAGACAGAAGAAGCAUGUGUUGCCUGGACAGUAAGCCUCCUAAACUUUCUAGGACUACAGGGGUACAGGGUAUCGAAGAAGAACACUCAGGUGGUAAAGCAGAAGGUGACCUACCUGGGUUAUGAGGUUAGUGCUGGACAAUGGACCUUGGGGCAUGAUCGUAAAGAAGCAAUAUGUCAAACCCUGAAACUCAAGACAAUAAAAGAACUGUGAACCUUUUUGGGAAUGAUGGGGUGGUGCAGAUUGUGGAUCUAUAAUUACGGAUUGCUUGUAAAACUGCUGUAUGCACUCAUUGCAAAUGGGAACAGGGAUCUCCAAUGGACAAAGGAGGCCACGCGAGCCUUUGACCAACUAAAGAAGGCUCUCAUAUCAGCCCCAGCUCUGGGACUUCCAGAUGUGAAUAAACCAUUUUUCCUCUUCUCUCUUGAGAAACAGGGGAUUGCUCUGGGAAUACUAGCACAGGAUCUGGGCCCAUAUCCAAGGGCAGUUGCUUAUUUUUCGAAGCAGCUGGACGCUGCUGCCAAGGGAUAGCUGGGAUGCCUCAGAGCCAUUGCAGCAGUGGUGCUAAAUAUCCAGGAAGCACGUUCCUGAACUCAGCAGAAACCAAGGGGAGCCAGUACACCAUGACUGCCUGGAGACCACUGAAGCUACCUACUCCAGACGUCCAGAUCUGAAGGACACUCCUUUUGAUGAUGUGGAAAUAUGGGAGCAGCUACGUCAUCAGCGGAAAACAACAUGCCAGGUAUGCAGGUGCCACUUGCAAAGACGUAAUAGAAUCUGGACUAAAUAAUGAGAUUAUUGGAAGCAGUUCAGCUGCCUGAAAAGGUAGCAAUCAUGCACAUUAAGGCACACCAGAAGGUGAGCUCAGAAUUGGAGAAAAGAAAUGAUCUGGCAGAUAGAGAGGCAAAAGAAGCAGCAGAAGGUGAGGUGGCAACUGAGGGAGCCCUGAUUCCAGACAGGCAAAUUCCCCUUGAAGGUAAGCUUGUAUAUAACAAAAAGGAUAAUAAAUUAAUCGAAAGUCAGAAAGGAAAAUACAACCAAGAGGGAUGGGCUAUUACCAAAGAAGGGAAGGGAAGCUAGUCAUCCCCUCCAAUUUAUUGUGGUCACUGGUGAAGAAAGAACACCGGAAAACACAUUGGGGAAUAGACGCUUUGCAUAACUAUCUAAUUGGAAAAAAUAUUGCCAGGAACUUUUAUGCUACCAUCACUCAAAUAACUUAACAAUGUGAUCUUUGUCUCCAGACUAACCCCCAAAAUGCCCCCAGACCAAAACUGUGUCAAAUUGGAAAAGGCCAUGGGCCUGUGCAAUAGUGGCAAAUUGACUUUUUUGAACUCCCAAGAAAAAGGGGGUGUCGAUAUUUACUGGUGUUAACAGAUACCUUUUCAGGAUGGCCAGAGGCUUUCCCCACUAAGACUGCCAAAGCCUGAGAGGUAACUGAGUCUCUUGUAGAGAAAACUUUGAAACCACAGUGGGAAGGCUAUACCAGGUGCUCCUUGCAACCUUCACCGCAAUUAAGAUCAAGGAACAGAGUGCCUGGAUUCACCAUUCUCAAGUGAAGAAAGCUCCAGAAGACCCCUGGAAAGUAACACCAGGUGACGGUGAACUGAAACUAAAGCUCAGUCGAGCAAAAUGAGUACAUUGUGGUCAGGAGUAUUUACUAAUAUAGUUAGCAGGAAUUUAGUUAACAGAAUUGUUUUAUUUCUAUGGCUUAUAAGUUGUAAUUGUGAUUCAAAAAGGUGCCUCUAUGAUAAUAGAGAAUGGUGAGUGGCCUUGGCCUGAAGCCGUAACAACAGAGGAUAAGAGCAUUAAUGGAAAGUUAGCAGUUAUGGUUAUUUGGUAAAAAAAUGGUGACCAUUUGUAUGCAUUAUAAGAAUGGCAAAAAUUAGGGGAAGAGUGGACACACCAAAGAACCACAGGGGACGAAAUUAAAAUAGAGUGCUGAAUGAUUAAUGGAAUGACCGACGAGAAAGUAAUGGGGAUUUUAGUAAAACCGAUUUCCAAAAGUGGCCAACAAGAAGGUUGUAUCUGCCCAGGUAAAUCAGAUUGCUGGUAUAAUUUUAUAUUAAUACAGACUGUAGUAAUUGGCUGGUUUUGGCUGUACUUCCUACAACAGUGGGACAAAACUAGAACAGCCGCUACAAUCAUCCUUAUUUGCAUUGGGAACUAGCCAAUGGCAAGUUUCAAAGGUGUUACCGAGAUGGGAAAAGGCUGAAGACCAAGAACACAAACUAAUAAUAGGUGCACUUAGUAUGGUUCAAGAUAAUGUAUCUUGAGCUCUUAGUUGUAUACAAGCACAGUUAUGGAUGUAGGCAGCAGCUGCCUUGAUCAUUAGGGAAGGAAGUGAAGGCAUUUUUCCAGCUGAAGUCCAAAAGACUGGGACAAUGCCAAUGAUUUUGAGAAGUUCCAAUCUUGGUGGACUCUGGUAGAUUUUACCUCUGAUCCCAUUGUUAACAUGGUCACUGCCUUUGUGCUUACUAUACUUAAUGCCACAGUUUAUGUUAUCCACCCCAUCAUUGCACUAGGAUUAAACCACGAGGAGACAGUGCUCUAUCCUUCGGAGCAUAGAACAUGGGCACAGCUGGAGAAUGGGAAAUGGCAGUCUGUAAAUCUAGAAUCAUGCAUUACUUGGGAACAACAAGGAUUUAUUUGUGAAAGCAACACAAUGAUGCUCAGGAUGUAUGUCUUGACACAGAGCAAGGUGUUUGCCACUUUGAAAUUCAUCCAAAUACUAGUCAAAAGACUGUGCAUGUAUAUAUUGGUCAAGGCUGUGUGUGUUUAAGAACUGCUUGUGCUUUUGUAGAAGUAGAUAAGGAGAACAUAACUCUCCCUAGCAAAAAUCAUUCUAACUUUUGUAUUCGUAACUUCGUUAGAAUCGUCGAGUGUGAUUUUCUAUAUUUGGCACCAGUGGCAUCCCACCAGUUGAUCAAGUCUAACAACACAAUGUAUCACAAGUUAUUACCUACAGCUAUUGGUGUGAACCUCACGUUAGUGAAGCAACUAAACACCAAGACCUGAUCAAAAUUUUAAAAAGCAUUCAGGAAAAUGGAGAGAAGACUCCAAUCACUUUCCUUCAUGACACAAAGGAAAUAAGCAGAGUUUUGCAAAGAGUAAAACGAGACAAAAAUCACAACCGGUGGGACGCACUCUUUGGAUGGUCGCCAACUGCAACUAGGAUUUUGAACACAUUGUGUCACCCAAUUAUUGUUUUACUGAUAUUAGUUGGUAUAAGUUUAAUAUUCUCUUUUGUAAUACUUGCUUGUAAUUGGAAAUUGUUGCAAUGAAUGGCGAUAUUAGCUUCCUUGAUAAAAGUACAUGGCAAGGCAUUGAAGGGUACAUAUCAUGGAGACUGGGAAGAAGAAUUUUUGUAUAAAGUAAAAGAAUUUACUAGAUUUUCCAGAAAAGGGGGGACUGAAAGAUGGGAUUAGAAAUUAGGGAGCAAUUGAUUAAGAAUGAAUAUGUAGGCAACACUCAUUGCUUAAUAUGUGCUACAUUUGCGAUGUGCCUGUGCUGAGCUUAGGCCUCCAGAUAACAGGAGCCCCUGGGACCCCAAGAACCAAAUCGAACCAACCAUAUGGUUCAGACUGUGACCAAGGGCUCAGAGAUAAGGAGGACCGUUCUUAAAAAAGGAUGUCAAACAUGCAAGGCUAUCACAGGGGCUCCUCAGAUCCGGAGAACCGGACCAAAGCAACCUUAUGGCCCAGAUUGUGACCAGGGAGCAUGCGCAAGGAGACGAUGUGAAAAGUUCAGCCCUGAUGAAGACAUCUUACUUCAUCCCCACGACCCUCAGCGCCCACCACCAGAAGGCACCGCACAAGCGCAGAGGGGAGGAGUUUAUGGAAAUAACUUCUUGGAACUAAUUUUAAUACUAAGCAGGGACGGGUCAUGAAUAUGUAUAGGCACACUGGGAAACCUCAUGCAUAUGUAAGCCUUUACUGCAUAUAACCCAAGCAAGUCACCGUGUUAGGGGCACACGACUUUGGUGGGACUACCCCCCGUGCCGCCCAGCGCUGCACAAGCAUACCUACCUUACAAUCUUACUGAUUGUGGGGUCAGCUUUCCGCGAGUCAUUUUUUACCCAAAGCUGGGGAGAAAACAUCUUGUGUGUCACAUUGAGAGCUCAGCCUGGCUGGGACAGGCUUUGCAGCCCUCUGAGCCCCUUUUAUACAUGGCCCCCUUUCGCCUUUUGCACCAUGAAUUCCAUCCAGGCUCUGAUUUCAGACGAGGCUUUGGGCGCGUCACCGCUCUCUGCACCCUCCUCCACCAGCUCUUUGCCUGAGGCCGGGCUCUAGGGCAGGGACCUGGGCAGGAGCUGUGGCAGCCACCACCCAGGGAUGUGGGAUGCGUGGCAAGAUGCGGGAUGUGCACCAGGAUGAGGGAUGCGCGGCAGGAUGCGGGAGCGAGCGCGGGGGGCGCGCUGCCUCCCUCCCGUCGCCAGGGCAACCGGCCUCCAUCGCCUCCCACCCGUGGGGGACCCCCGCAGCCCCCGCUCGGAGCUGGGGGCUCAAGGCCCUCCCUGCCGCGGUGCUGGACUGCAGCAUCCCCGCCUCCGCAGCGGGCUUGGGACGGCGGCGGGUGGGAGCGCACUUCCCUCGGCCACGGCCGGAGCAAGAGGAACGCCGCAAACCUGAAAGGGAAGGGAGAAGGGUAUGUCGGGUGCUUUGUUUUGGAUUGGCAAGUGGAGAGCAUCGAUCAGAGAUCGGCUUUUGUAUAUAUACGUAUUUAUUUAUUCAUAUGGGAAAGCUUAUUUACAUGGCACAGGUGACGCGGGCGAGUGAGACUCGCCUGCAUUCAAAACCGGAGAGCGUGGUCUGUCUUUCACUUUAAAAGGUUCGGAUCCUGCCGGUCAUCUGAUCCAGGUCAAGCAGGACUUUACCUUGCCAGCAGCCCCUGGAGCUCCUCACCAGCGUGGCUUGCAGCGCCCGCCGCUGCCCCUCAGCAGCGGGCUGGGGGGGGUCUUUCAAUCCCUGGAGGAUUGAGAGGUAAAAUAUCGCCAGAUUGCUUUCACAUUCUGCUUGCUUUCCCUUGGGGGGGGGGGGGAAGGAGGGGGAGCAUAAUGAAACCAUUAGGAUCCGUACAGGUUCCUUAAGGCAGAGGGUGCCAUUGAUUCCCAGGCGAUGCUGCCAGGGUGCCCCACGCUGCAGCCGUUCCCUCCCCACCGCCCCUGAGUGCACCAGGGGGCCCCUGGCCCGGGGUACAACACUGCUGGGAGGGGACAGACAGGCUGGGGGGGGCACGGGGGCCCUCGGCCACAAUCUGAGGGGUUGGCAGGGGAGUGAGCCCCACGUCCACCACACGCCGCAGCUCCUGUCCCCUUCUCUUUGCCCUGCGCCCUGCCUACAGGCUGGCACCCGUCCCGCCGGUGUCCCCCCCCCAUGGGCCACCCCCAGCAUGAAUGUCGACGCUGAGCAGCUGCCCCUCUGGGCCACCUCCGAGAUGCCCCCCAACACCAGUGAAGCCUCAACAGAGGCUGGCCAGCUGCAGGGGCCAUCGGCAUGGGGCGGCAGGGCGGGCGAGAUCGCCGGCAUGGUGGUGAUCCAGUGCAUCUACGCCCUGGUGUGCCUGCUGGGGCUGCUGGGCAACUCGCUGGUGAUCUUCGUCAUCCUGCGCUACGCCAAGAUGAAGACAGCCACCAACAUCUACCUGCUCAACCUGGCCAUUGCUGAUGAGCUCUUCAUGCUCAGCAUCCCCUUCGUAGCCACCUCAGCUGCCCUGCACCACUGGCCCUUCGGCCGGGCGCUGUGCCGCACUGUGCUGGGCGUGGACGGGCUCAACAUGUUCACCAGCGUCUUCUGCCUGACGGUGCUCAGCCUGGACCGCUACAUUGCCGUGGUGCACCCAUUGCGGGCGGCCACCUACCGCCGCCCACGUGUGGCCAAGAUCGUCAACGGGGGUGUGUGGCUCCUCUCCUUGCUGGUGGCCUCGCCCAUCCCCAUCUUUGCCGGCACGGCGACCACCCGCGACGGCCAGGCGGUGGCCUGCAACCUCCUGUGGCCGAGCCCGGCCUGGUCAGCCGCUUUCGUGGUCUACACCACCCUGCUGGGCUUCCUGCUGCCAGUGCUGGCCAUGGGGCUGUGCUAUCUGCUGAUCGUGGGCAAGAUGCGGGCCGUCGCGCAGCGGGUGGGCUGGCAGCAGCGGCGGCGCUCUGAGGGCAAGCUGACGCGCCUGGUGCUGAUGGUGGUGGCCAUGUUCGUGGUCUGCUGGAUGCCCUUCUAUGUGGUGCAGCUGGUGAACCUGCUGCUGCCCGGCCGCCUGGAUGCCACGGUCAACAACGCCUCCCUCAUCCUCAGCUACUCCAACAGCUGCGCCAACCCCAUCCUCUAUGGCUUCCUCUCCGAAAACUUCCGGCACUCCUUCCACGGCGUGCUGCGCCGCUGCCUCGACGCCAGCCUCUGCUGCUGCCACGCUGAGGCGGGGGCCGCCGAGGAGGAGGAGGAGGAGGAAGAGCCCCUUGACUACUGCGCCGUGCCCCGGGGUGACGACAAGGGCAAGGGCUGCAUGUGCCCGUCGCUGCCCUGCCAGCAGGAACCCGCACACCCUGAGCCCUGCUGCAAGCCUGGCACCCUCCUGGCCAAGACCACCACCUUCUAGGGUGCGCAGGGGCCACUGGAAACGCUGCGCCUGAACUCUGCGAUGGGGGACGACACUUGGAGUUCUCCCACUGGUCUGGGGAGAAGAUGUGGCCCUCUGUGAAACACAGAGGAGAGAUCCUGAGCUCCUCCCGUUCCCCUGGCAGGCAGUGGGGACAGCCACGGGGUGAGGAUGUGCACAGCCAGGCCGCCUCCCCUUGGGGAAAAGCGGGGGCUGCUCUGCAGAAUGACUUUGCUGAUGACUUUGCUCCUGCCCCUGCUUUUCGAGGCGCUGGGCUGGGGCAUUCCCCCCAGUGCUCUGUGCUCUCCAGUCGUGCUGUGCAGCCCAACAAAAUAAAAAGCCAUAACGCUGGCCCGUCACACAGCUAACAGCCUCGGCUGAGUCAUCAUUGCCAUCGCCCUUGCCACCGAGGAGCCUCCGCUGUGGCCCCUUGACACCAGGCGAGUAAUUGGGCUAAUUGCCAGGUCCUGCCUCGGGGGGAAGGGGGGUGCUACGGGAGGGCAGAGUUAGGCAGGAGCCCCUUGCCCAGGCUGCGGGGACACUUGCUGCCCAUGGGGGACACAAGGCUGCUGUCACGGCAAGGAUGCGCCCUGUCCCACAAGCCUGGGCUCACCACUGCCACACGGGACCAAGCUGGUGAACUGCUGCAGGGCUGCAAUUCCUCAUGGGGCAGAAAGUGGGCUGAAGGAGCGGAGGUCAUGGCAAAAAAAAGCCACCUGCCAAAUUUAACAGCAGCUUCAGCAGAAGCUUUAGCAGGUGCCACGGAGCCCUGAGCUUCCCUUCAUCUAUGAGGAUAAACUUCAGGUCCCAUAAACAGAAAAUCCUCCCCUCCCUAAAAAUUCCCCAGGAAAAGGACUUGGGCAUUUUCCACAAGAAAGCCUGGGAGACCCAAGCCCUGCUUACUCCGUUUGCUGCAGACAAGCAUCGCCCUCAAGGGCAUCUUGAGCACAUAGCCAUAGGAACUGAAGACCGGCGCUGGAGCUGCACUGACCGGGCUGCACCGAGGUAGCAUUAAAUUAGCCAUUUCCAGCUUGUUUGGUUUUAACUUUGUCCUUUUAACGUUAUUCUUGUUCUCCACUAUUUAUGGCUCAUUCCUUCUAUUUUAAUCCUGCUGGGGAAACAACCAGGAGGACGUGCUUUCAGCCCGAGUCUCUGCUAAGAGCCCACAGCUCCUUUUUUGCUUUGUUGGAGCCUGUGGCCCCUGGAAAGGCUACGAGACGUCGGCUGGAGGCAGGGAAGGCUGGGGAAGGGGAGGAAGAACAGCUCGUUCCCAGGUUUCUAUAAACCAGACGGUAAAAGCUUUAUUGGUCUACACACAAAAUCACAACGUGAUUGUGCAUUGCGUAGGGUACAUUUCCAAUAAAUAAAUAUUUACACACGUGCUGGGUCUAUAAAACAGCAGGGUCAACCAUUUACAUGAGGAAAGCGACAGUUCAGCACGCAGCCAGUAUUUGUCUCAGUGGUGGAGCUCCAUCCCCGGGGGGCACAGCCCCUCCAGCCCUGACCCCAAACUCCCAGCCCCAAAACGGGGCCCAAAGCCUUCAGCACUGGCUCCACUGCUCACCCCGGCACGGCUCCCAGACCCGUACUGCCAGCCCCGGCAGCCCAGCCCCUGAUCUCACCCCCCAGGAAAACCCCACGGAGAACUUUCCCUGGAUCUUCCCCCGGCUCCGUGCUGGAUCAUGCUCCUGUGAAUGCCACUGGGAAGUUUUGCCACUGAACUUCGACAUGAAUUAGAUUCAUCCCUGGACUAAAGCUAAGGGAAAAAAAAAAAAAA